AUGAAAAAAAUACCGAGACUUUUAUUAAGAUCAAAUAAUUUAAAUUGUAAUUUAUUUAAAUUUGAAACGUCGGCUUCUCAAAUUUUAAGGAGGACACAUGGCCCGGGACCAACAGGAAAAGAACCAACUCUGAAAGAUUUUUUAAUUAAAGAACAGAAUAAUAAAAUUCAGUCAUGGAUUGAUGUUAAAAGUGAUAAUAUACCUUAUUUGAAUGACACUACUAUACACGGAGGAAAUCAAAAAGUAUUUUUAGAAGUUCAUGGUUGUCAGAUGAAUGUCAACGAUGCUGAAAUUGUUUUAUCAGUUUUACAAAAGCAUGGUUAUCAAAGAACGCUUUCUAAAGAUGACGCAGAUGUUAUUUUCAUACUAACAUGCUCCAUAAGAGAAUCUGCAGAGUCUAAAAUAUGGUUCAAAUUAAAAGAAUUAAAUCAUUUAAAAAAGAAAAAAAAAAAUUUGAAAAUUGGCCUUCUCGGUUGCAUGGCUGAAAGGUUAAAGGAUAAAGUUAUUGAAAAAGAAAAAAUUGUGGAUUUAGUGGCUGGACCUGAUGCUUAUAAAGAUCUACCUAGAUUGCUAACAACAACCAGUAACAAUCAAAAAGCUAUCAAUGUGCUUUUGUCUUUCGAUGAAACUUAUGCCGAUGUGAUGCCAGUGAGGCUUAAUGAAAAUAACGUCUCAGCUUUUGUAUCUAUUAUGAGAGGUUGUGAUAAUAUGUGCACAUAUUGUAUUGUUCCAUUUACAAGAGGAAGAGAAAGAUCGAGACCCAUCGAUUCAAUUUUAGAAGAGGUUAAAAUUCUUUCCGAUCAAGGCGUUAAACAAAUUACAUUACUAGGGCAAAAUGUUAACAGUUACAGAGAUAUUAAAUCGAAGGAGUAUUUGUCUACCUUUAAUGAACCAACAGUGGUAGCAGACGGUUUCAAAACGGUUUAUAAGCCCAAAAUAGGCGGUGUUAGAUUCAGUACAUUACUCGAUAAAGUUUCCGAAGUUAAUCCGGAAAUGAGAAUUAGAUUUACAUCUCCUCAUCCGAAAGAUUUUCCAGAUGAUGUGUUACAUUUAAUUAAAGAACGUAAAAACAUUUGCAAUUUCAUACAUUUACCCAUUCAAUCCGGAAGUAAUCAAGUUUUAGAAAGAAUGAGAAGAGGAUACACUAGAGAAGCUUAUAUAAAACUUGUUGAAAACAUAAGGUCUUUGAUUCCGAAUAUAGUUUUGUCAACUGAUAUAAUCACUGGAUUUUGUGGGGAAACGGAAAAAGAUCAUGAGGAUACCAUGGAAAUGAUUAGAUUGAUACAAUAUCACCAAAUGUAUUUUUUUCCCUACAGUAUGAGAGAGAAAACGACAGCACACAGAAGGUACGAAGACGAUGUGCCACAAGAAGUAAAAAUGAGAAGAUUCCAAGAGGUCGGCGCAGAAUUUCGUAGAAUAAGUAAAAAAUUAAACGAAAGUCAAAUCAAUCAAGUUCAAGUGAUUUUAAUAGAAGGAUUUAGCAAAAGAUCAAAUGAAUAUCUCGCGGGGAGAAACGACGGCAACAUAAAAGUCAUCAUUCCAGCACAAGACGUUCCCUCUUCCAGGAAUUCGAAUAGUUCAGUUUCGAGGGUCAUAAAACCAGGAGAUUACGUGGUCGUACACAUAAAUGAUGCAAGCUCUCAAGUUCUCAAAGGGAUUCCACUUUAUCACACGACUCUCGCGGAUUUUGAUGAAUUGGAAGCUGCGAAUUAUCAUUUGGAUAAAGUUAAAACGUCUGCCUCCUGA